AUGGCUAAUGAACCCAAGUCUGAACUGCCAGCAGAGCUUAUUAUACACGUUUUGGAGCAUCUCGCACCAAGCGCCGUGCUACGUCUGCGCUGCGUCAGCAAACAAUUCAACGCACUCGCGACGUCCAAAUCUGUCUGGCUGUCUUUGGUAUCUCGUCUUCCUUCACCGGUGCCUUCGCCUCUCAGGGACGACUCUGCCUCCUCCUUACCUGUGGAAACGCUCAUUCGACUGACGCAUGCCGCCUACGCCCUCGCAGCCAACUUCGCGUCCUCCCUCCCCGUCCCUCGGCGCACGCUCAAGCUCAAGGAACUGCACGUUGACCGGCUGACCUGCAUUGCCCUCCUCCCCGGGGGGAGGUUUCUAUUCACAGGCUCCGUGGACGGCUGGAUCCGUUGCUGGGAUCUCGCAACCCUCAGGCAGGUCAAGAACUCUCAGCCUGUAAACGCUGGCAGCGUGGGCCGCGUCGCCCAGAUGAACAUGGAAGUUGAUGUCAGUGCACUCCAAGUUCAUUGGGAGCGGGACGACCCAGCCUCUGGAGCAGCGAUCGUUGUCGUUGGUAGCUACUACUCCAUCGAGAGCUGCCGGGUCUUCCGUAUCCUCCUACCCUCCCCUUCCCACGACUACCCAUUGCUCGACACCCCCCUCCCACGCUACACCCGUUCCAGCUUCUUCCCGCUCAACUCCGUCGUUCAGAACUGGUGCGGCACGCAAUCCGUAGCUCUGCAAGAUGACAUCGUCGCCGUCGGCGGGCAUCUCUCGCCCAUUCAAGUGAUCAACUGGCGCACGGGCAUCCAGAGCGUCCUCCAAACCCCGGAGGGCGAGCGGCGCUCAGUAGCAGUGAUCAAGAUCAUCCCCCCGUGGCUGGUGAGCGUGACCCGCCUAGGGCAAAUCGAGCUCUUCCGGCUCCCGCAGUGCGUUCUUUCAGACGUCGCGGACGUCGACUCGGAAGAACCAGGCACAUUGGUUGCUUCCCACCCUCUGCCAAUCCCCGCCGGCCCAGUAGUAUCAGUCACCAUCUCCACGCAGUACCUCUACCCUUCCCCGCCAGGUGUUCCUGCGCGGUACUACCCCCUCACGCUGCUAGUACAGCAGGGCCAACAAUCAACAGUCUACGAACUCGACCCGCUCCCCUCCCCAAACCCGCGAGAGUUCCUCUACAUCUUCCCUCCCAGACCGAUCGCGACCCAUCCGCAUCCCCCCACUCAGAGGCCCGAGAGCGCCUUCCUCGGAGCAAGCGGUCUUAGGUGCGCGAGCACAAGCAGCAUACGCGACUUCUUGCCUUUCAAUCGGCUUUUGCUCUGGUCGCCUAGUCCUCCUCCGCUACCCGUCCUCGGCCCACCCGCAUUCACUCCCUCCCCCGCGACUCGCACUCCCACACCCGCAAUCACCCACUGUGAGCCGACCCUCACCCCCCGUACGGUAAAAGACGAUAUCCGAGACCCGGAGUCUGUCUGGAUGUGGGAGGAGAGCAAGGACCUUUAUACGGAGGUCGCGUUGGAGGAGGAGAUGGGAAGGGUUGUCGUGGGUACUGCCAGGGGCGGGUGUUGGGUGUUCGAUUUUUGA